AUGGUACUGUUCCCCGAGGAUAGAAAGCUGAGCUUGGAAGCCUAUGACGUUGGGGCUGACGUCUCGACAGCGUAUGGGCUCGCCAUUGCAUACCUCCGACGGGCUUUAGAUAUGCAUCUGCCUGGCAAGAUUAAUUCUUGGUUAUCGCCGACAAUGAAGAGUGCUCAAAGCGGAUGGAAGGUCUGUGAUGAGGAGGCCAACGACAUUCUCACACGCCUGCAGGAAGCCGGAGUUGGUAAUGACCAGACUGACGAAAUCAUGAACGAUGGAGAAGAAGCGGAAGAAGAGAUUGACCUGAGCUUCCACGAAAUCUUCAGCGAUGUCGAAGAUGAGGAACUCCGAGACAGCAAUGAGGAUGGCGGAGAUCUUGACAACCACUUCCACAACCUUGGGAGCGACGUCGAUGAUAAAGAGGAAACUGGAGGCUUCGACAGUGAGGAGGAAGCGGGGGACCACGAUGAUGACGACGAGACUGGGGACUGCCUUGAAGUCACGAGCGAUGGCGACGACGAUGAUUAUGUUGACGGAUAG